AUGUGGCACACAAUGCCAGGACAAUUCUAUGGCCUUCGAGCUGAAAUGAGUAUAUGGGCUUCACCAAAUAUUGAAAACUCUCAAGAAUCUGGAGCAUCCAUACAGAUCUAUUUUCAAGAUCGAGGGCACUACAGCUUAAUUCAAGCCGGCUUCCACAUUUCGCCCUCUUUGUACCAUAACAGAGAUAUCCGCUUCUUUACAUAUUGGACCAAGGACUCGAGAUCAAAGGGGUGCUACAACUUACAAUGCGGAGGAUUUGUUCCUGCGAGUGGAGCUAAGCUAGUGCCGGGACAAGCCAUUGCUCCUCCAUCAAUUUAUGGCAUACAAGAUCACUACAUCAGGCUUAGCCUCAACAAGGAUCCAAAUUCUGGAGAUUGGGUGGUGUACCGUCAUGAUUUAGAAACACCAUCAUUCUUGGGACAUUUUCCAAAGGAGCUUUGCCCUGAAACACCACAUAUACAAGCAUUGACUGGAUUCGUGAAUUACUUAAAGAAUGCACAUGGUCCACCAAUGGGUAGUGGACACUUCCCUGAUUAUAAUAAGAAGAAAUCUGCCUACUUCAAUCACAUUAAGAAAUACAACUCAAAGGGUCAAGCUUUUGACCCCCGUUACACUGGGAUGGUCAAGUUAGUUGAUAGGAAAGAUUGUUAUGAUGCAAAUGAUUUAUUUCUCGAAUUUAAGAAGGGUUAUACGUUCAACUAUGGUGGACCAGGUGGUUGUAUUGGUUGA